AAGGAGGGAAAGAGGGAAAAGAAACUUGGCCCUUUGUGUGCUGGAGGUUCAGCCAAGAUAGAGACAGAGAGAUAUUUCUGUUGUUUGUGGCAUCUGAGCUUCAUUCACUUACAACCUGACACACACUUUAAACACUCACACACACACACACACACACACACACACACACACACACACACACACACUUGUGCACGGAUGCAGGCGUGGAUGACGUGCUCUGGGUUGCGUGCAUGUGUGUGUGUGUGUGUGUGUGUGUGUGUGUGAUGAGAGCGGACGUCAGAGCAGCCCAUGAAUAUUGAUGUGGAGGACCGUCUCUUUCAUCGAGGACAGAAGGAAGCAAGAUGGCGGCCCUGUAGGACCUGUGUAGGAUCUAGAACGCUUUCACAGCGCACGGAGGGAGCGAGGGGAAAGAAGGUUGAGAGUGAGUCAUUGCAGGUAAAAGAGUCAUAAUUCCAGCUGAACUUGUUCUACAGGAAGUAAACUACACACACAGGAAGAAGCAGAGACGUUAGCCUUGUGAAUGGACUCAGAGCAGGCCAGAUGGAAAGAGAACAAGCCAGGCAUGAGACGGAAGAAAGUCUGAUACAUACACAGCUUAGUGUCCACCAGGUACCUGUAAAGCUGCAGAAUGGGAACCAGUCGCCUGACACCAGCCCUCAGCAACCUAACGGGGAUAUCAGUUGGAGCAAUUUCAAGCCAAUGAAACGACACCGGGAUGACUGUUCCAGCCCAGUCACCAUGUAUGAUCAGGGCCUGUAUAAGAUAAAUGGUGAGGUGAAGCAUGCACUAAACGAACAGUCAUUAGUGGCUCUUCACCAGCCCAAAAAGCUUUGUGUUAAUUCAGAGACAACUGGUCCAUGGGAAAAGAAAGAGACAGAUACAGAAAGAUGUUUAGGAGGAUGUUUAGACACAAUCCCUGAGGUGAGCAAGCCUGUGACAGACACAGGUAACUGUAAUUAUCCCAAUGGGGACAUCUUCUCAUUAGCAAGGAACAAGCAGAUGCCAAUGCACAAUGGUGCUACAGUAACUCCACCUUCAGUGGAAGAUCCUGCUGGUGACCUCUUAAAGAAAACUCAGUCUCAGUAUUACCUAAACCACAUGUCCACAACACAAGACACCAGCAAUCUGCAUGAGCAGGCCAUCUCUUCACCUUCAGUUACCUCAGGGUUUCCUACUUCAGUUCAGAUGUCUGCCGCCAAGCCAUUUGCCAAGACACCCUCAGAAGUACAUGGCAGCAAUGGCUAUGACCCAGAGUUUAUGGUGAAUGGGUACUCUGGAAUUUUUGGAGCAGAGCAGCAGCAUCAGCCUCCUCCUUACCCUCUUGCUGACCUACCAGCUUUGGAAAAUCAACCACAAAGUGAUUUGGAGAAAGGGCCAGGAACUGCCUCAACACUGAGCAUCAGUGAUGGUUCACAGGCUCAAAAUGGCAGGAAGUGUUUUGCCAGCAACCCCAUGGGUUUAAACAUGUUCUCCAAAUCAAGGCAGGAUUUCAGUCAGGAGUCUUACCCAAUGCCAGUACAGGCUGAAGUUGCUGGCACAUUUGGUUCACUCAAGAACUCAGCCACUGAUCAGGAGCCCAGCACUCCUACAGUCCAACAGCACUUACAAUAUGGGACUAAACAGUGCCAGGCAGGUGUUUCCUGCUCAGCUGAUAGCAGCCCCCCAGGCAGUGGAGUCUCGGCUCCUUCUCCUUUGAAAAUUCAUGCAGCUCCAAAAAAUCAGUGUAAUGAGCUGGAACACAAACCGCCUCUCCCAGACCAGAGAGGUAACAUGGCUUCUGAUACUCACAUAGGUUGGAUCAAUUUGAACUCUACUCCAACUCCACAGCACCAUGCCAACCAGGCACACAGAUGGAAGGGUUUCCCUCCAAAUGAGAACAUAGCCACACAGAGCCAGGCUGAUCUGCUCAAUCAUGACACCUCACAUAGCUUUCAGAUGCAGCCAGGCUUCCCCCAACAGCAGGAAGGUCACAUGCAAAAUGGCUACAAGCUUCCUACACAACCUCAUCCUAAUGCUGCCACAGAGUGCCAACCUCGAACACUUAAAACUUCCUCCGAUAUACACACCCAGCCCCAACAACAUGCAAAUGAGCAUUUUUUUAGCCCAGUGCAACAAGAGCAAUUAUGCAAAAAUGAUCAAACCUUAGGGCAGGUACUACCUCCUGACUUUGUGCAUCGGCGACCUUCACAGCCACACCAGCAAUAUGAAGCCCACCAGCAGCAAACCAGCAUCAUGGAUCAUGAUGCACAGGGUCCAAAAUUGGCACCACAGUUACAGAACCCCUCUCAGAGUCAGGUGAAUUCCCAACUCCCAAACAGACACACAGUGGAAAGCUAUACACAGGCAGAAAUGUUAUCUCCAGCAUACAGGCAACCUAAACCGACAAGUAAAGUGCAGAAUGGAUCCAAUCCAUCUGUGCAACAAACCUUCCCUUUUCCUGAUCAACCUCGGCCCAACUCGCAGCCUUCACCUAAUGACACGGCAUCCAUGUUUGGCUGCAGCGAUGCAGCAGAAAUGCAAAACCAGCCACAGAGACAGUCCACCCCAUCUCUAAGUGCACAACAUUGCCAACAGCUUGUUGAACACAUACUGCCUGAAAAUGUGGACUUUCAGCACUCACAACAUGCUCAACUGCAACUUCAGCUAUCAGAUGGUACCCAUGGUAGACAGAUGCCAGCCCAGAUAUUUCCCAAAGCUGAAUCACGGAACUCCUGUUUCCAAUUCCAAAGAGGAUCCCUUCCAAGCCCAGGUUCACAACGGGACUUCCAGAGGCAUGCAGCCCUGCGAAUGCAUCUCCUACAAAAGCAGGAAAAGCCAAGCUGUCCCCAGAGCCCCGACAAGAUCAGACCUGACCUGCAACUUGUUAAACGUGAGAAUGACCCAAGAUUUGAGGUUCCAAUCCGAAUGCCACCCCCUCAAAUGCAGCAUCAGGAUCGUGACCUGACUGGAAGCAUGAUAGCGACAGUAAAACAGGAACAGACAUCUUCAAACUGGUCGCAGAGUCAGCAUAAGAGUAUCCUGGCCACCAUGGAGCAGCAAUUACAACAGUACCAGCCUUUCCCUGUGUUUGAGAGAAGGUCUCUAGCCAUUAAGUCCCCCAAUAAGGUGAAGGUGGAGAUGGCUGGAGGCGUGGCAGUGAUCUCUACAAAUUUUGAGGGAAGUAGUGAGGACCAGUAUAAACCUCCUGCUUCUACUCCCAAAAAGGAGCCAGGGCUGCAGUGUUUUCUGGAUUCACCCAUGAAAUUGCUGGAUACUCCCAUCAAAAACCUGCUGGAUACACCCAUUAAAACUCAGUAUGAGAUUCCCCCAUGUCAUUGUGUUGAUCAAAUUAGUGAAAAGGAUGAAGGCCCAUAUUACACUCAUCUGGGAGCAUCUCCAAAUAUCAAGGGCAUCCGAGAAAUAAUGGAAAAGAGGACUGGCCUGACUGGCAGUGCUAUUAGGAUUGAGAAAGUGGUGUAUACAGGCAAGGAGGGUAAGAGCACACAGGGUUGCCCCAUUGCUAAAUGGGUUAUCCGUCGGGCCAAUGUGGACGAGAAGGUCCUGGUGCUGGUACGAGAGCGGGCUGGUCACACUUGCGAAACAUCGUGCAUUGUGGUAGUAAUCGUGAUAUGGGAAGGAAUACCAGCGAGCCUGGCAGACCAUCUGUACCAGGAACUUAGUGAUACACUGACGAAACAUGGUGCUUUGACUAAUCGCAGAUGUGCACUCAAUGAAGAGAGGACAUGUGCAUGUCAGGGUCGAGACCCUGAUGCCUGUGGGGCUUCCUUCUCCUUUGGUUGCUCCUGGAGUAUGUACUACAAUGGUUGCAAGUUUGCCAGGAGUAAAAUCCCACGGAAAUUCAAAUUGCUUGGUGAUGAGCCCAAAGAGGAAGAGAAACUGGAGAGGAAUCUUCAGGCCCUUGCUACUUUGAUGGCUCCACUGUAUAAGCAAAUGGCACCCGAGGCUUAUGGCAACCAGGUGGAGCAUGAACACAGAGCUCCAGACUGCCGUCUCGGCCUCAAAGAAGGCCGUCCAUUUUCUGGAGUCACAGCAUGUCUAGACUUUUGUGCCCAUGCCCACAGAGAUCUCCAUAACAUGCCAGGAGGUAGUACUGUGGUUUGUACACUAACACGAGAGGACAAUCGUGAGAUAGGAAAGAUUCCUGACGAUGAGCAACUGCACGUGCUACCAUUGUACAAGGCUGCAUCCACUGAUGAGUUUGGUAGUGCUGAAGCCCAGCUGGAAAAAACAAGGACUGGAGCCAUCCAGGUGCUUAGCACGUUCCGGCGGCAGGUCCGUAUGCUAGCAGAGCCAGCCAAGUCCUGCCGGCAGAGGAAACUAGAAGGCAAGAAAGGUGGCACUAACAAACCCUCUCACCUCAGCACACCCAACUCUAAGGCAGAUAGCACCCAGCAAGCAAAGCAACAGAAACAAAGCUCUUGUGACAAUGUGGGCCAGAACACAUCUACAGCAGGUGCACAUCUGAGUAACAUGGGUACACCCCACCUACCUGGUCAGAACCCUCUAGCUGCCCAAACCCAGCCUCAACAGCAGAACCAGCCAUCACAGCCGAGCACUCUUCUGCCUUUCUCUAGUCCAACGUGCUCUGCUAACUACCCAAGGUACUCCAACACACCAGGAUCCUUCCCAAGCACUUCUAAACCCCCUAAUAUUUUUCCUCAGUCUCCCAGCUCAGUCAGCCCUUAUCAUUCCCCUUUACCAGUCUCCAAUUCCUACAUGAAUGGGUCAAAUCCACCAAGCCCUUACCCUGGGGCACUAACUCCAAACAACCUCUAUCCGGGCUACCAGUGUAACGGGGGUAUUCCCAUGGACAACUUACACCCUUACUAUUCCAAUACAAAGCACCUGGACAUGUACAGACAACAAAGACCAUCUCUGUAUGCUGACCAACAAUUCAACCCUCAGCAGCGCUAUGGCAUGAAUUACCCACCACGCUAUGGUGAACCGGGUCUACCGGUCAAUGGAUAUGGCAACUGUAACAUGAGACCAAGCAUGCACCCCAUGGGACCCUAUCCAGGAUACAGCUCGAAUGGGGGACCUAAUGCUGAGUUUCUGGAUGCUAUUUCCAGACCUACUUUAGCUCACCCAACCCUGGACUAUGCAGCUGCAAAUAAAUGUAGUCAGUUUGGUAGAUACCCUAAUCCCUAUCUGACCCAGAAUCAUCAUUUGUUCCCCCAAAAUAUGGACCACCUAAGUAUGCAAAAUCCAGAGAUGAGCCUCCAUGGGGCAACCAGUUUCUCUCAGGUGCUUCCCACUGUUGGCAGGGAAGGCAUGAACCCCAGCCACCCUCAAGGUAUGAGUCUGCCUAAUGGAAACAUCCCACUCUUUAUGGUCAAGCAAGAGCCAGGAACUGCAACAUCUGCACCUCAAGAGGAGGAAGAUGUGUGGUCAGACAAUGAGCACAACUUUCUGGAUCCAGAGAUUGGUGGUGUAGCAGUGGCACCCAGCCAUGGCUCAAUUCUUAUUGAAUGUGCAAAACGUGAGUUGCAUGCAACCACUCCACUCAAGAAGCCUGAUCGCACCCAUCCAACCCGAAUCUCACUGGUGUUUUAUCAGCACAAGAAUCUGAAUGAAGCAAAGCAUGGGCUAGCAUUAUGGGAGGCCAAGAUGGCAGAAAAAGCACGUGAGAAGGAGGAGGAUGCUGAGAAGCAUAGCACAGAUGGGACCCCCAGCAAGAGUGUUGGUAAGAGGGUCAAGAAAGAACAUCCAGAACUUUCUGAGUCUUCAGAGCCACCAUACAAACGUUUUGUUCAGAUGCUUGCUGAAAAGUCACUGUCCUGCACCACCAAUACUUAUGUCAGCUCUACUCCCUAUGCCUUUACUAAGGUCACUGGGCCUUACAGUCACUUCCUAUAGGGAUCUGCUUAGUUUUACAUCAUCCCCAGACAGGGAAACAAAAAAAGUGUCGGAAUUAUGAAACGGUGCUAAAAUAUUGCUUUUCAGACUUCAGUGCCACUGGCUAUAUUAACCCAGAGACCUAUAAAAGCUUCUGUGAGGCAAGCAAAAACAGAUCCACACUAUGGGAAAAAUACAAAAUGUACAAUAGAUCAAUAAGAGGUAAAACCAAGAAGACCAGUAAAGCUUAACCAACAAGAGGUAAAAUGGUUAAGCUUUACUGCUUGACCCUCAUUAAAAAAAAAAAAAGUACUUAUUUAUUGCAUUGUUACUCGCACUGUUCUUCUUCUUUGGUGCUUCACAAUAUCUGGAUAUCCAUUACUGGAAAUAUCUUUAAUGGCUUUAAUUGAUAACCUAAAGGUAAAACCCUGGUGUAAAACACUGAUUUGGUGGCUAAUCAUGUUCAACGGUGCUAAGUGAAGAGAGUUUUGAAUAUACACUUUAGGUUUUAAAAAAUACUUUAUUUGCAUGUUACCUCUCAAGUACUAAGCAAUUACUUUCAGGAUUGGUAGCAAUUACAGGAACUUUUUUUGUUAGUGUUUUUAAAGCACUUUUAAAUUACGAGGGUAUGAUAGGUUCGCCCUCUGGUAAUUACCUUCAGGAUUUCAUUCAGUUUUAGAAAUCAAGAAAAUCAUGCAAAAUUAUUCUUUUUUUUUUUACAUUUUACAAGAACAUUCACCUGGUGCUUUUACAGUUUCAUAGUCCACUAUAUGGGUUUUAUAUUUACUGUAUAUUGAGCCAUUGUCAACAUGGAUUAUCAUAAACAUUAAUUUUUUAUUUUUAUUUAUUUAUUUUUUAAGACAAAGCACAGGAACAGGCGAAGAAAUCCUCCUACACAAAUGUCCACUGAGUUUUAGAAACAUGCGUCAAGUCUGGGAUAUUAUAUAUAUAUAUAUAUAUAUAUAUAUAUAUAUAUAUAUAUAUAUAUAUACACACACACAUACACACACACACAUACACACACAUAUAUAUCAAAAACAGUUUCAUCAUGUCCUUAUUGAACAGGGUUAGCGCCACCUUUUGGUCAUUUUCAGUUUCUAAGGCAGCUGGCUUGCUGUAAAGGGGAUCCUUUAAUAACUGUAAUCUAGAUGUAUCAUAAAAACAGUGAGAUUUGUACAGUAAAUUAAUUCCUCUCUUUUUUUCUAAAAUGAUUUUAGAUUUUAGUACUGUAAAAGAGAGUAAAAUUUUUUGUGGGUUAUUCGUAAAAUGGUGCUACUUAUAGACUUGCUAUAAACGUAUAAUGUGAGAAUCUCUAUGGAUGGUGAGAAGGUGUAUGAAUGAUGUACAGAACCUAUUUGUCAUAUACCUCAAAACAUUUUUGGCAAUAGGAUUACUAUACCAAGGUGUCUUCACUUUCUUUUUCCCAUUUUCUUCUGUAUUUGAAACUACAAAUUUCACAAGCGUUUAGGUCAGCGCAACACUUUGCUUACCUACUUUCAUCACACUUGAUCUACUAGAAAGUGUUACUUGAACUUUGAACUUCAAAUUUCAAAAAUCAGGGAUAAUUUCACACAUCACCUGUGUUCUCUCCUCUUGUUCAGGGAUUAAUUUGUGCAUCCUGAAUCCCGUGUACAUAGUUCAAACACACAUGGGGAAAAAAAAAAAAAAACACAACUAACUAAAUAAAUAAAUACUGAAUUAGCAUCUUUUUGUACUUAUGUUUUAGCUGAUAGUUUUUAGAAGUACAAUAAUAUGCACUGAGUUGACAAAAAGGAACGUAUGGCUGUCAAACAUACCCCCCCCACCGAAAUUCACAUUUAAAAAAUAAAAAAAACCCCAAAACAUCAGACGCACAUCCCCAGUGCAUGUAUACAGGUAAAAACCUUAUAAGUUUAUUUAUAACCACUAAACAUUUAUUUUAAUGCAUUUUAUCUCCCUCUCUACAAGUUAAAUGUGACCAGAGCAAGAAUCAUUUUCUGAAAGCACUUCAGUUAUUUUUCAGAAAAUUAUUAAUUCAAAUUGUUUAUUUAAAUGAAAAGGUUACUGUAAUAAAAUUAACCAUGUUGUAUAUACAAUGUAUCUUUAAUGCAAAAUGCAUCUUCAAUAAUUUUUGUAUUAUUGUUUAUUUUAAACCCAGCUACUUUUCAGAAUGCGGUUUAAGUAACCUGUAGCAGAAGGCAGGUUUAACCCUUUCAGCCACAAACACAGUAUUUAUUAACUGCAAACGGAUUUAUUUCAGAAUACAAACUAAACAACUCAAAAGGUCCAGUGACAGACGAGUGCACACUGUCAGUAAAGCAAAAAGUGGGUGGGGCAAAUACAAAAAAAAAAAAAAAACUUUGAAAUUGAUAUAAAGAUUUCAAAGGAGUCAACUUUUUACUGAAGUUGUUGCGGAGAAUAUAAAUUGUAAUUAAAUAUUUUUGAGAAAAGAAUGAAAAAAGGAAGCAUUUUCACUCAUGCUCUCAAGAGUUUGGACCCCGCUGCGUGUGGACAUUUCAUCACAAUCCAUUUGUUUGUUUUAGGAAAAUUUGUUAACAGACGUCUGUCUACUCGACAUAACAGAUACAAUUAUUUUUGUUGUUAUUUUAAUUCCCGUUCUGACAUUUUAUCUACGGGACAAAUAAGACAUGAGCAGAAAACCCAAACCCGUAUUUCAUCAACUGUUCUUGGUUUAAAAAACAUGAACACAGCUGAAAGGGUUAAACAUCACGCUCACAAUAUCCCGAUGUACAUAACGCUCCCUACGUAGGUAGGGUCCCUACUCCCGAGUGGAUGAGAUGUAGAGGUCGUAUCCAUGGUAACGAUACAGUGUGUUGAAUAUUUCACACAGCGCACUAUUCAUUACAGGGUUCUGCAUAGAACCUUUAAAAACUGUCCAGUUGGACAAACAGAAGAACCUUUAGUGACUCUGAAAGAGAAAUCUGCAGCACCUGAUCAAUUCCUGUGGGGAUGAACAAAUAGUUUUGUAAAUAAAUAUGAGAUUCUUCAGUGUACAGAAUCCAGCCUGACUAGCAGGUUAAUAGGAGAGAAGAAUAAAAUAAUAAAAUGGGAAAAAAAGGUUAAUUAGGUGAUUGAUUAGCAGGUGAAAAGCAUAGCCAUACUUGAAGACAUACUUGUUUUUGCGUGGAGUCAACUUUACUUGAAGGACUUUCAGACUUUCUGGUUUGCAGAGUGCGCGCUACGCUAGCAUGUGUUGGUGUUUAUUUUUUUAAUGUAGACACUAAAUGGGUUAAUUUUUUUUUUUUAACAUUUCUGUCUCUGUCUUGUUUCUUUGUUUCUUAAAAGUUUGGUAUGCUUCAAAAAUAAGGAUGCGAUACUGUAAGUAUUGUACUGAAGUACUGAAUGCAGUUUAUCUGAAAGCUGUUUAUUAUAUCAUUCCUGAUAUUGCCGAGAUGUGGGUGUUUUUAAUAAAAUUUAUAUUUAUUUCAUGCAUUUCAAA